AUGACUGAUAAACGAGUUAAUACAAUUGUUGCUGUUGAACCUAGUGCUGUUAUGGCUGCAUUUACGCCUACUGAAGAAGAUUGUCGUCAAGGAUUAAAUACUGAUCAAAUAAAUGAAUUUAUCUUUGUUGUUGAUUGUAGUGGCUCAAUGCAGCUCGUCAAACUAUGUUAUCUUUUUACAGAAAUAACCACUAUUUAUAAUGAAGAAAAUUCACAAAAAGCUGAACAACUCAUUACUAAAAUGAAAGCAGAUUUAGGUGGUACUGAACUAAUGGGUCCUCUUCAAUGGAUUGAACAACAUUCACCAAAUCAAGGUCGUGCUCGUCAAAUAUUUCUUCUAACUGAUGGUGAAAUAUCAAAUGUUACGGCAGUCCUUGAUUCAUGUCGUUCAAUGGCUUCGUCUACUCGAAUCUUUUCUUUUGGUUUGGGAAAACCACCUAGUCAAUCUUUAGUUAAAUGUUUUGCUCGAUCAACCAAUGGUCGAUUUGUUUUCGUUCCACCAAAUUCAAGUGUCGAUAUAUAUGUAGGAGAACAGUUACAGAGAGCUCUUCAACCAUGCAUUACUAAUAUUCAUGUCAAUUGGAACCUUGACGUUAAUGUUCAAAUUCAAACUGCUCCAAAAUAA